GCGAGGCGCUGAGCAUGGCGACGUCCUCUUGACAGUAGCGAGCACGAAAUGUCGAUAGAGAAGACGAACUCUCGACGGUGUUUUUUGGCGAAAUCCGCGAAUCGGUCCGGGUGAACCGAGGUCUGAAGCCUCGGUGAUAUCUUUCGCGUUUGUUCGCCGCGCAUUUUCGGACGGGAAAACCUCCGUGAGACAUGAAAAAUAAUACCGGGCGGCGCGUCGAGGCGCCCUGCACUCGCUACUUUGACGCUAUUGCCGAGACGAUUAACUGCAGCUUCGAUGUGGCCAGCACUGGUUAUUAUUGGCCCAUGAAGGGCACCGCCUCAGAGCACGCUGGGAGUCCCGAUGCACUUCUGCUUAUUCCUCGCGUUCCUAUUACUCUUCUCUAUUUUAUCGAUGAUCAAUUUGUCAAGGGGGAAUAAUUCGUGAAUUAUGAGAAUCAACUCGAGUAAGAUGAGCACUCCGAUCGAGGAGAAGAUAUACCAGAACCUCAAGGUUCGGACUGGUAUGGUGACUGUGAGCGAUGGAAAGAGCAAGCCGAUUCCUAUGCGGCUCCAUCUCUCGAUGGAGGUUCUCAAACUGCAGCGAGAGGACACUGAGCAGGCUAUGAAUCACAACAAGCCGCCAUUAGACGCGAAAGAAAGAAUGGUUCAGAUAACCAGACAGAAGAUAGGAGGACUGGGACUCAGCAUCAAAGGAGGCGCCGAGCACAAACUUCCGGUUCUCAUAUCCAGGAUUUAUAAGGGUCAAGCAGCCGACCAGUGCGGCCAACUUUUCGUUGGCGAUGCCAUCAUCAAGGUGAAUGGAGAGUACAUUACAGCCUGCCAUCAUGACGACGCUGUAAACAUAUUGAGAAACGCUGGGGACUUGGUGGUUCUCACGGUGAAACAUUAUCGGGCGGCAAAGCCGUUUCUACAGAAGAAUGCAGAGAAGGAGGAAAAACUGGAUAACGCCAGUAACGAGGUUGUAGAAGACGGUUGGAUUUCACCAAGCAGAAGAUCUGGCAGUCCUAGAUGCGGCCACAGCAGGCACAGCUCGAACGCCUCCUCAACUUCAAUUCAGGACAAAAAAUGGCUCGAUAUCAUAACCGUACCUCUGAUGAUGGCGUACGUGACGAGAUACAUAUUUGGUACAGACAAGCUGAGAAGAAACGCGUUCGAAGUGCGUGGCUUGAACGGUUCAAGAACCGGAGUAAUUCAUUGCGAUGACAGCGCGAUUUUGAGCCAGUGGCUGAAAUUCAUCACCGACAACGUGACGGGGGUGACGCAUCUACAGAUGAAACUAUACAACCGUAACUUCAGCGUUGGCGAACGGAUUGAGUACAUGGGAUGGGUGAACGAGGCUGUGAGUAAUAGUAACCAACCCUGGCAGAGCUAUAGGCCAAGAUUUCUGGCGUUGAAAGGCCCGGAUUUACUGCUAUUCGAAACGCCUCCGUGCAAUAUCGGCGACUGGUCUCGCUGCGCGUUGACGUUCAAAGUUUAUCAGACGAUGUUCAGGGUGAUGAAAGAGUCCGAAAACGUCGACGAGAGACAGCAUUGCUUCCUGGCUCAGAGUCCUGGAAAAUCGCCGCGUUAUCUGAGCGUUGAAACAAGGCAGGAACUCCUGAGGGUCGAAGCGGCUUGGCACACGGCAGUUUGCUCGGCCGUGACGCAUCUCAAAAGUCAGACUUUCCCGGUGACAUUUAGCGGCAGAAGUUCAACCCUAACUUUAGAAUGGACUCAGGGUUUCACCCUUGCCUACGAAAACGGAGGUGAAAUUAUAUGGAAGUAUAAAUUCUCCCAGCUUCGAGGCUCCAGUGACGACGGCAAAAGUCGCCUGAAGCUCCACUUUCAGGAGCCAGAAACGAUCGCGAUCGAGACUAAGGAAUUGGAAUGCACUCAGCUGCAGAAUCUCCUUUUCUGCAUGCACGCGUUUUUGACAGCAAAAGUGGCAGCCGUAGAUCCGACAUUCCUAACAUCCACGACUCCGUAACGCAUCGAGAAACGUUAAAAACGGCGUCAGUAGCAGGAAAAUCGGGCAAAGAAGAUCGAAAACAAGGAGUCUUGACAGAGAAAAUUAAGUU